AUGACUCAAAUCUCGGUGAUUCUUUUGGCAGUUUUGUGUGUUUUGGUACCAACUUCAUUGGCUGCAAUUCAAUGUUGGGUUGGUCAAGAAACUGUUUCAAACGGGAGAAGAUUACCGACUGAAAUUGGUGGUCCUUAUCAGUCAGUUCAAUGCAACGACGCCGACUAUUGCUUCAACAGCUAUGUGAAACGACACAAGCAAGGAGAUGACAGUUACACAAUCACUAAAAGCUGUGGAGAGACCGGAAAGUGUUUUGAAGAUGGUUGCAUGGGACCGGGAGACGAGAAAAACUGCUGCUGCAGUGACAAUUUGUGCAACUCGAGCAACGGCCCUAACUGA